UUCUGCAGUGGGGAUUCCACUCGCCUCCCUUGAGGGAAGGCAUUUCAUUCAUCUGUGUAUUCUACUUCCUUCCUGUCUCUCAUCAGCAGGCACCUCACGCCUUCCCUGUUUAUCUUGAUAUCUCGACUCCGGAGAUGGCCCUCGAUCCUCGUUUCUACGCUGGUAACGGCCUCGACUCCCUGUCCUCGGCCUCGUCCGGCAUCUCCGCAGCUACUGGCAUCACCAGUCCUUCUGCAGCUUCAACUGCUACGUCGGGGGGGAAUUUGCAAUCUAGUGCCUCGAGUCCGUCUCUGCGUGCGCGCGAAAGUAUUGCGGUUCCUGUGACUCAGGAUGGAGGUUCGUCCUCGCCGGGAGGAAACGUGCGUGUUGUCGUGCGCGUGCGCAAGUUUCUGCCUCGAGAAAUCGAACGCGACGCCGAAUGCCUGAUUAGCAUGGACCCUCGCACUCAGACGACCAAACUGCUUGCACCCAACGUCAACCCGGAAGACGAAGGAAAACCAAAGUCGCAGGCCCGUGGAAAGGUGCUGGAGGACAAGUCCUUUGUGUUCGACAACUCGUUCUGGUCGCAUAACGAUAAGGAUGCACACUAUGCACGCCAGGAGAAUGUCUACGACUGUCUGGGAGAGGACUUUCUGGACCACAACUUUGAAGGAUACCACACUUGCAUUUUCGCCUAUGGUCAGACGGGUUCCGGAAAGAGUUAUACUAUGAUGGGUACCCCCGAGCAACCGGGAUUGAUUCCUCGAACGUGCGAAGACCUCUUCCAGCGUAUCGAAGCCUCGGAGACUCCCGAUGUCAGCUACAACGUUCGCGUGUCGUACUUUGAAGUGUACAAUGAGCAUGUGCGCGAUCUGCUCGUGCCUCGAACUGAUCCCCCGAACUAUCUACGCAUUCGCGAGUCGCCCUCGGAGGGACCAUACAUCAAAGACUUGACCGAAGCGACUGUCAAAAAUUACAAUGAUCUCAUGAAACACAUGCGCAAGGGCGACGUCUCGCGUACGACUGCCAGCACCAAGAUGAACGAUACCUCUUCUCGAUCGCACGCUGUUUUCACCAUCACCCUGAAGCAGAUUCACCACGACCUCUCCACCGAUGAGACUACGGAACGUACGGCGCGUAUUCGUCUGGUUGAUCUGGCGGGUUCAGAGCGGGCCAAGUCCACCGAGGCUACGGGCCAGAGACUUCGUGAAGGAUCCAACAUUAACAAAUCACUCACCACCCUGGGUCGAGUUAUUGCCGCCUUGGCUGAUCCGAAGCAGGGACGCUCCGGAAAACGCAAGAGUCGAGACGUUGCGCCGUACCGUGAUUCCAUCCUUACCUGGUUGCUCAAAGACAGCCUGGGUGGUAACUCGAAGACGGCCAUGAUUGCGUGUAUUGCCCCCAGCGAUUACGAGGAAACGCUCUCCACUCUCCGGUAUGCGGACCAGGCCAAGCGCAUCCGUACUCGUGCUCGUGUCAACCAAGAUCAUCUAUCCGCUGCUGAGCGUGACAAGCAGAUUGUCGAGAUGGCGGAGACGAUUCGCACACUUCAGCUCAGUGUCAGCCAGGCGGUUGCCAACCGACGUGAGAGCGAAGUCCAGAGCGAGCGCCUGGAGGAUUACCAGCAGAAGGUUGAGAAGAUGCAGCGACUUAUGGAGGAGACCAAAAUGGUCAGCGAGUGCAAGAUUCGUCAACUCAAAACCGAGAAUGAAGCCCUACGCAACCAUCUGAAGCUGGCCCUCGACAGUCUGCAAAAUCCGAUUCCGCCGGUGACCAUCGAGAAACGCAAGAGUAGCCUGUAUGCGUUGGACGAGGAUGAGGAGUCGGAAAACCCGGACCUCACUGAUGAUAAGGAAGAUGACUCGUCUCCUGCUAGUGACGACGAGGACGAGCCCGAACCCGAUCUUAUCUGGGAGGAUGACGAUACCAUUGAGGUCGAAGCUGGCCAGAUCGAAGCGCAGGACAUGCAGUCACACAUGGAGGAUCUUCUGAGUGAUCUCAGCAUGUUCAAGCGCAAACUGGCUUCGGACCAUGAGCGAUUCCGUUCUAUUCGGGACCAGCAGAAUCGCAAACAGCGUGGCGUGCUCAGUGAUGUGACGCUCAACGAGUGAUCAUUCACGAUGCGUGUUCUUUUUACUACUAUCUUACUCGAGAUCUCUCUUGUAUCGAAAACGGUUGGCGUCUAGUGUCUUUGGGAGGAAUUUUGUUAUUCGGUUGGGAAUCGGUAUUGGUGUCAGGAAUAUGGGACGGCAGUAGGGAUAUCCUGGCAUUUGGCACUGGCUUGUUUCUUUCUUCUUUUUUCUCUUUUACAUUCUUCUUCGCUUUCUUCUCUACGGAGAGGCUUUUUGUUAGAUUCCCUUGGGUGGUUUUGUCUUUUUCUUC